CUUGCGCGUAAGGCCUCCAAAAAUUUUCACAUUGAUGGGCGUGGUCACAGACCUUACAACUGAAAAAACUUACUUGGAACUCGGCGCAGAGGGCCGGAGUGAACAGCGGGAGAAUGGGUGUAGCCUGUCACACAAACUCCAUUUGUUAACAAAUUGGCAAGUAUCUUCUCUACAAGGCUACCAUUUUAGAUUUGGAAGAAUAUCGGGCUUCUAAAGUAUAUCCUCCUAUGAUGCUAGUAGCCAUCUCUGUGGACACUUCAGUACUUAAUGCAAUCAAAGUCAAGCCUCUGAACAAGGGAGAAAACUUUUACAUAAACAAUAUCCAUGACUUCAUUCACCAUGAAAAAACUUUCGUUUUGCUGAUUAAUUUCGAAAAACAUAACAUAAACAUUCUCGAAAACGACAAAAAAGGUGAAAGUUUGUUAUCGCGAAAUUUCUGUCCACGAAGUAUUUGGAAAUAUUGGUUGUCUGGGACACAGCCUGAGGUAGGCGACGUUUGUUAUGUUCGCAGAUGGAUUGUUUCACUUAUGUUUUUAAAAGAUAAAUUGUUCGCAAAACAUCGCGGUUUUUGUCAUGUCAAAAUAUUGUUCCUUUUACUUACUUUUCUUUACAAAAACGUUAGCUUUAGAGGAAAAAAAUCGCUAACAGAAGAAAGUCUUAUUUCCUACACUAGACAAUAUUAUCCUUUGCAGGACUUGUUAAGGUGUUUGUAAUUAAAAAGCAGCAUCUAAACUCCGUUUAAAUAUAGAAAACCUAACAAGUGCAUCAAAAUUACUCACCUACUCA